AUGGAUUUGAGGGAGGAAGAGCUUGACAUGAUGAUCAACUGGGACGUUAGCUCGUUGGAACUAUUCGAACAACCUCAUGAAACGGCGAUGAACAACUCGGACUCUACCUCUUCCGGACAAUCAGGGUUUCAACAUCACGAACCCACUGCAAUCCAAACGCCUCCACUUCAAACGGUACCUUCUCGUGUUUUGACGGAUGCCGAAUUUGAACCUCAAAUCCAAAUUCCUUCACUUGAAACGGGAACAUCUCGUGCUUCAGCAGCAGCCAGCUUGACCAACUUAUCGGGACCAAUCGAGCCCACAGCCACAGGGUCUCAACUGAUGGGAAUGGCUGACUCAAGCUUUAGCUCAAUUGGACGAUUGGAACUGCCUGGAGCAAUUGUGGUACGGAUGCCUCGAAUAAAUACAAGACACGUACUGACGGAGGCCGACUUCGCAGGCUUAAAUGUCUCAGAGUCUCAACUUAUGGGAAUGGCUGACUCGAGCUUUAGCUCAAUUGGACGAUUGGAUGGAGCAAUUGUGGUACGGAUGCCUCGAAUACAUACAAGACACGUACUGACGGAGGCCGACUUCGCAGGCUUAAAUGUCUCACCAAUACUCAGCUUAGGCUCCCGCUUACGACGUCGCCGACAUGACGGCCUGCAAGAGGAUAGAAUUUCGAAAUACCUCAAGAUCAUUACGAAUAAUAAUAUCGUUGAUGAAAAAACGGUGUGUGCUAUUUGUCUAGACAAUUUUUGUGGAAAGGAUAUGCAGGUUGCAAUAGUGGAUGGGUGUGGGCAUAAGUUUCACGCUUGCUGUCUCAAGAGGUGGCUCCGAAGGAAAAACAUUUGUCCUCUCUGUAGAAGGAUUGCCAUUAACGUGCCAGAAGAUUUUUUAUGUUUUGUUUAA